AUGGAGACCUCUGACGAACAUGCGCGCCAACCUCAACAGGACACAGCGCCCGAAGUGAACGCCGGUUCGGGGAUUUACCCUUCCGCCUCUGAGCUAGGUAUCAGUCAUCAUGAAAUACUUGAGGAGGAGCUUGAGUCGGCCAGCUACUCUCCCAAACCCCAGGGCGCGAGAACACUAGGGCCUGAGGCACCCGGCGCUAUCGCGUCCAUACCUCCUGUCCCCACGCCGCCCGCAGCUCCUGCGGGUCAGUCAUCAUCCUCGGAAUUCAGGCCUCGAGCACCACCGAAAAAGCCGGUGUCCAGUGGCCGUCCUGCUAAACCCAAAUGAGGAUGGACUAUGUACCCUGCUUCCUGAGUGUAGCAUACACCGUCUAGCCUCCGGAAAUGGAGCACUAUGGCGUUAUCAGCAUACGA